GAGCCGAGAGGCAGGCGCUCAGACAGCUCUGGGGCCCCGCCAGCCCCCAUCUGGCCCUUGUCUGUGUCGCUGUCAGAAUCUGUCUUGCUCCGCGUUCCCUCGCAGGGGUGUGUUGGGGGGAAUCCUCAUUCCGACUCUCAAAAUGGUUAUCAAAGUGUUUGUUGCCACAUCAUCUGGGUCCAUAGCGAUUAGGAAGAAACAGCAAGAAGUUGUGGGCUUUUUGGAAGCUAAUAAAAUCGAUUUUAAGGAGUUUGAUAUUGCUGGAGAUGAAGACAACAGGAAGUGGAUGAGAGAAAAUGUUCCUGGAGAGAAGAAACCUCAGAAUGGGAUUCCGCUGCCUCCUCAGAUCUUUAAUGAGGAGCAGUAUUGUGGGGAUUUUGACUCUUUCUUCUCUGCAAAAGAAGAGAAUAUUAUUUAUUCCUUCCUUGGCUUGGCUCCCCCUCCAGGCUCAAAGGUGACAAAGUCGCCUGAGGAAGCGUCUUCCCUUCCUGAUGGUGAUGUGGCAGGAGAGGCUCAGAGCACCACAGAGGGGACAGAGAAGGCUGAAGAAAGUGGAGAACAUGAGGCACAAAAAGAGAGUGAUGAAGAUGCAGGUGACCUUGCCAGAUCCCAAGAGAAGAAUGAGGAAGAGGGAGAGACAGCAGCGGAAGAGACAAAAGGAGUAACUGCAGAGGGAGCAGAAGGGGAAGCCGAGGGAGAGGAAGCUGAAGAAGGAGAAGAGGAACCAGGAGAAGAAGAAGGAGAAGGAGAUGAGGAAGAGGAGUCUUAAGCCUUUUCAUGCUCUAUUUUUCCACUUGUCCAGGAAACCCAUACCACAAAGCACCAUUUCAUCUGUCUCCCCACAAACCGAAUUCAAUGAAAUGCUUUGGCCUGAAGCUAGCACACCUCUGUCAGGAUGUCCAGGGUUCACCGGGGAAUUGUAUGAUCUGAUGCGAUUAGAUCUCCAUGCAUGUAUUUACUUAAUCAUAGCGACAUGAAAUCAAAUGUGAAGACAGCACACACAUACCUUCACAGGCCUGACAUUUGUGGCCUUUGCUUAAUUUUUUUUUUUUUUUUGCUUUGCAUGAAUAGUCCUUCUCACUAAUACCCUGAAAAAAAAAAGAUUGCAAAAUAUAGAACUUCUGUUUGUGAUAAGACAAAAGUACUUCUUUGUAUGUGCCUUAUGCUACUAAUUCUCAGAAUUAGUGUUGAAGAUGAAGAACUUUCCAGAGAACAACCGUACAAAUAAAGUUGAAUAACAAAUA